UACAUAUAAUCGCGCUGAAGUAAAUAAAAUGCUCAGUCGAGCCUAGAUAUGUAUGUAUGUGCAAGAUUGCAAAAGCGACUGAUCAGUAAAAGUAGUUGCUUGGCAAAUGAGAGGCUUAAAAUGUGAAACCAUAAAAACGCCACUCUCAUACUUGUGCGAAUGAAAUGUUGGUGAUAUAAAGACAGCACUCUCUCCUGACUCAUUUUGCGCAGAGCUUGAGACGUUAAAAAACUACUUUGGAGUAAUACAUAGUGUUUGGAUAUUUCAAUAUGGGCAUAUAUGUACAUACAUACUAAGCUUAUUUUUAUUUACGUACUUACAUAUUUUUAUUUGUUAUCGCCAUUAGCAGUUGAAUAACGAAUUUUAUACACAUAUCAAAAAGUGAGAAAUGUGGUUUUAAAAUUAAAAUUGUGCUAAAAACCAGUUGAAAUUCGCGUAAUCAUGAAAGUGGACGUGCUUAAGACUUCAAUAACCUUUACUUAAAAUCGACGAAAAUCUACAAAAAUUGCAUUACGUAUUAUUAAUGGCAAUAUAUGUACAUACAAAUGUAUGUAUCCAUAAAAAGUGAAAUUAUAUACCUAAAUACGUACGUAGAUACUACAAAAAUUAUACCAACACAAAAAGAAAAAAUAUAAUAAAUUAAAAAUCAGUUCUAUUAAAAAGUGAAUAAAAGUGUUGGUCGUACGCCUGAAAAUGACAGCCAGCAAAAUGAGCAACGACUUGUCUGCUAAAAAGGUUGCCGCAAAACCAACAACAAAUGCAACAAAAAUUAAUAUGGCACCAACACAAUCAGCCACUUCGUGUGGAGUUGGCGAAUUCGAAGCGAGUAUCCAAACAACUUAUCGAAUACAAAAGCAAAAUCAACAAAAAACAAUACAAAAAACUACAAGCAGCAAACAACAGAAGCAACAGAAGCAGCAUUUGCAACUACAACGAAACUUACUCAUUGGAUUAAUUUUUACAGCAUUUUGUGCACAGAAUGUGUUUUGUGCCGACUUAGCCAUAAGCAUACCUAAUAAUCAAGGACUGGACAAUGUUUUUUAUCGCAUCGACUACAGUCCGCCAUAUGGUGAUCCAGCGCCAAACACCACAAUACAGUCGCGCGAAAUAGGCGAGGAGAUACAGUUUUCCCAUGCCCUUCCCGGUACCAAGUACAAUUUUUGGUUGUACUACACGAAUUACACUCACCCUGAUGUACUGUCGUGGACAGUGACAAUUACCACAGCGCCGGAUCCACCCUCAAAUCUCUCCGUGCAAGUGCGCAGUGGCAAAAAUGCAAUAAUAUCUUGGUCCCCACCUACACAAGGCAACUACACGUCCUUUCGCAUCAAAGUGUUGGGACUUUCAGGUGCUUCCAGUUCAUAUAAUCGCACAUUCGUAGUGAAUAACACAUUCCAACAUAGCGUCAAAGAGUUGACGCCUGGUGCCACAUAUCAGGUGCAAGCCUACACAGUUUACGAUGGCAAGGAGUCGGUGGCGUAUACCAGCCGAAAUUUCACAACAAGUAGAAGGACGCGGCAUAAAGAAUUGUUGGAUAUAAAAAUACUGCGAGAGCCCAACACACCUGGCAAAUUCAUCGUUUGGUUCCGCAAUGAAACCACACUGCUCGUGCUAUGGCAGCCACCCUAUCCUGCCGGAAUUUAUACCCAUUACAAAGUCUCAAUCGAACCGCCGGAUGCACUGGAAAGUGUGCUGUACGUAGAGAAGGAAGGUGAACCGCCCGGACCCGCCCAGGCAGCCUUCAAAGGGCUCGUCCCAGGUCGUGCAUAUAACAUAUCUGUGCAAACAAUGUCUGAAGAUGAAAUCUCCCCACCGACUACCGCACAAUACCGCACUGUCCCACUGCGGCCGUUGAACGUGACUUUUGAUAAGGAUUAUAUUUCCUCGAAUUCAUUUCGAGUGUUAUGGGAGGCGCCAAAAGGCAUAUCAGAGUUUGACAAGUACCAAGUCUCAUUAGCCGCGUCGCGUAGACAAUCGUUUGUAUCACGGACCAAUGAUCCGGUAGCCUACUUCGAUUUUCGUGAUAUCACCGAACCGGGUAAAACAUUCAACGUGAUUGUAAAAACUGUUUCGGGAAAGGUGACAUCAUGGCCUGCAGCGGGCGAUGUUACGCUCCGUCCAUUGCCAGUGCACAGUUUGCGCUCAUUUAAUGAUGACAACACGAACACGAUGCGGAUCACAUGGGAGCCGGAUGCGGCGAGUACGCAGGAUGAAUACCGCAUAGCCUACCACGAGCUUGAAACCUUCAACGGGGACACCAGCACUUUCACCACCGACCGAACAAGCGCAAAUUUGGAGAGUCUCCUACCGGGACGCAACUACUCCCUCUCAGUUCAGGCAGUAUCGAAAAAAAUGGAAUCAAAUGAAACCACAAUAUUCGUUGUAACACGGCCAUCUUCGCCCAUCAUUGAGGAUCUCAAGAGCAUACGCACUGGUCUAAAUAUAAGUUGGAAGAGUGAUGUCAACUCCAAGCAAGAGAAAUAUGAAGUACUCUAUUCGCGCAACGGCACCUCCGAAGUGCGAACUAUAGACACAAAGGAAUCGCGUCUGGUCAUUGCGAACCUGUAUGCUGGCGCUGGAUAUGAAUUGAAAGUAUUUGCCGUUAGUCAUGGCUUAAGAAGUGAACCGCAUGCUUAUUUCCAAGCAGUAUUUCCCAAUCCUCCACGCAAUAUGUCCAUCGAAACGGUGCGAAGCAAUUCUGUGCUGGUGCAUUGGGCACGACCAGAAAAUAGUGACUUCACAGAGUAUUCGAUGCGUUAUCGGACAGAGACCAAAGAGCAAUGGAUUAACCUGCCAAGUGUACGUUCUACAGAGGCAGAUAUUACCGAUAUGACCAAAGGAGAAAAGUACACCAUACAAGUGAACACCGUGAGCUUUGGCGUGGAGAGUCCCAAUCCACAAGAAGUGGUUUAUACUGUUCCGCCUAAUGAGGUAUCAAAUAUUAUACCUCUAGUAGACUCGCGCAAUAUUACUCUGGAAUGGCCGAAGCCUGAAGGACGCGUUGAAUCGUAUAUACUUAAGUGGUGGCCCACAGAAAGUCCUAGCAAAGGACAGUCCAAAACCGUUUCUGAGAAUAAAUCAGAUGAGUCAUCCACUGUCCGAGUCUUGAUUGGGGACCUUAUGCCUGGAGUGCAGUAUAAGUUCGACAUACAAACAAUAUCAUACGGGAUCUUCUCGCGCACCACACAUCUUUCCACACGCACCAUGCCGCUAAUCCAAUCCGAGGUGGUGGUUGUAAACGACAGACAAGAAGAUGAACGCGACACCAUUACUCUGUCAUACACGCCAACACCGCAGUCAUCUUCGAAAUUCGAUAUCUACCGCUUUUCACUCGGCGAUCCUGAGAUAAAAGACAAGGAAAAGUUAGCCAACGACACGGACCGAAAAGUAACAUUCACUGGGUUAAUUCCCGGUCGUCUUUAUAAUAUCACCGUCUGGACAGUAAGUGGCGGCGUGUCCAGCCUGCCAAUCCAACGCCAGGAUCGUCUCUUCCCAGAACCCAUUACUCUGUUACAUGCAACCAACAUCACUGACACGGAAAUCUCACUCAAAUGGGAUAUUCCAAAGGGCGAAUACAAUGACUUUGAUGUGCAAUAUUUAACCGCCGACAAUAUUCUCGCACAGAACAUCACCACUCGAAACGAAAUCACCAUCAACGAUCUGCGGCCGCACCGCAACUACACAUUCACAGUAGUGGUCCGCUCAGGCACGGAGUCGUCGGUGUUACGCAGCAGUUCUCCACUCUCAGCAAGCUUCAGCACAAACGAAGCAGUUCCCGGGCGCGUCGAACGCUUCCAUCCAAUAGAUGUGCAACCCAGUGAAAUAGUUUUCGAGUGGCUGCUACCGUCGAGUGAAGCUAAUGGGGUCAUUCGUCAGUUUUCCAUCACCUACAUGAAUGUAAACAAUGUCACCGAAACGCGAACCCAACAAUUCGAAUCAACUGAGACGACAGGUGCUAUACGAAAUCUGAGGCCGGGUGAAACGUAUGUUUUUAAAAUACAAGCGAAAACAUCUGUAGGCUAUGGACCGGAACGUGAGUAUAAGCAGACAAUGCCAAUAUUGGCGCCACCACGUCCAGCCACACAGGUAGUACCCACCGAGGUGUAUCGCAGCUCGAAAACGAUACAAAUACGUUUCCGAAAGAACUACUUCUCCGAUCAGAAUGGACCGGUUCGCUGGUACACAAUUAUCGUCGCCGAGGAUGACACCAAAAAUGCUUCAGGACUGGAGAUGCCCAGUUGGCAUGACGUACAAUCGUAUAGUGUAUGGCUGCCAUAUCAGGCAAUCGAUCCAUAUUACCCAUUUGAAAAUCGAUCCGUGGAGGACUUUACUAUUGGAACAGAAAAUUGUGAUAACCGGAAAAUAGGCUACUGCAAUGGACCGCUGAAAUCUGGUACUACGUACAGGGUGAAAGUGAGAGCGUUCACAGCACCCGACAAAUUUACGGACACUGCUUACAGCUUCCCAAUUCAAACAGAUUUAUUAAUCUCCCCUGAUCAAGACAACACUUCGCUGAUCGUUGCCAUCACCGUGCCACUUACCAUCAUAUUUGUAUUACUCAUCACUCUUUUUGUAUUCAAACGUCGCCGCAACAGUUGCCGCAAAGCCACUAAAGACUCUCGUGCCAACGACAACAUGUCUCUGCCAGACAGCGUAAUCGAACAAAAUCGUCCAGUUUUGAUAAAGAACUUCGCUGAACACUAUCGGCUCAUGUCAGCCGAUUCCGAUUUCCGCUUUAGUGAGGAAUUCGAAGAAUUAAAGCAUAUAGGACGCGAUCAGCCAUGCACAUUCGCCGAUCUGCCAUGCAAUCGUCCUAAAAACCGCUUUACCAACAUUCUUCCCUAUGAUCACUCCCGGUUCAAGCUGCAACCUGUGGACGAUGAUGAGGGCUCCGAUUAUAUCAAUGCAAAUUAUGUGCCGGGUCAUAACUCGCCACGUGAAUUCAUUGUCACACAAGGCCCACUGCAUUCGACUCGCGACGACUUUUGGCGUAUGUGUUGGGAGAGUAACUCGCGUGCCAUUGUAAUGUUGACUCGCUGCUUCGAGAAGGGACGCGAGAAGUGCGAUCAGUAUUGGCCAAAUGACACGGUACCAGUCUUUUAUGGGGACAUCAAAGUGCAAAUAUUGAAUGACAGUCACUACGCCGACUGGGUAAUGACCGAGUUUAUGCUGUGCAGGGGCAGUGAGCAGCGCAUAAUGCGUCACUUCCAUUUUACCACUUGGCCUGACUUCGGUGUGCCAAAUCCUCCACAAACUCUGGUUCGUUUCGUACGUGCCUUCCGGGAUCGUAUUGGCACCGAUCAACGUCCUAUAGUGGUGCACUGUAGUGCUGGUGUAGGUCGGUCCGGCACAUUCAUCACACUCGAUCGCAUUCUACAGCAGAUAAAGACGUCCGAUUUUGUCGAUAUUUUCGGUAUAGUCUAUGCCAUGCGUAAAGAACGUGUUUGGAUGGUGCAAACGGAACAGCAAUAUAUAUGCAUCCAUCAGUGUUUGUUGGCUGUGCUUGAGGGUAAGGAGAACAUUGUUGGUCCUGCGCGGGAAAUUCACGAUAAUGAGGGAUACGAGGGGCAACAACCACAACUGAACGAUAACGGCGAUGUGAUUACCACCAUAGAGGCGCACGAAUUGCAACCAGAAGAGGCUGAAGAAAUAGAUAAUGAAAACGCCGCUAUUAUACACGAUGAUCAACAGCCUCUGACCGGAUUCGGUGGCGCAGCACACAGCGCUUCAAUGGCCUCAUCAUUCAGCACCGCCGCACAUGUGUACUCCGAAACCAUUUCUGUGGACAGAUGACACUCGAUUAGCCAGAACGAUAACA